AUGUCCUGGUUCUCCGACAAGAAAGAUGUUAAGGUAGUGCUCGUCGCAAGUCCUGCACAACAGGCAGAUGACCGCCACACCGAGGACCUAUGGCUGUCUUCGCGGAGAGCCUUCGGCGAGAUACUGGAGAAGCGAAGCACCAGCCAACGCUUCGAGCAUCUGUAUGAAGCUACAUACGCCAUGGUCACGCGGGAAGAAGGGGAGUGCCUCUACCACGGGCUGCGCGAAGCCGUGACGGAGCACCUCACCACCAAAGUACGCCCCCGCGCGUUUGCUAACGUUGACAACUCAUUGCAGACACUGAACCAUGCCUGGGAAGACCACCAGAUGAGCAUGACAGUGGUCAGCGACAUUGUAAGGUACCUGGAGCUAGUAUACGCGCCUCAGACCAACAUUGAAAGCGUAAGCAAAGCGGGCGUGUUUCUCUUGCGCGAUGAGGUGGCGCGCUGCGCCGACGUGCGGGACCGCCUCCGCGAAACCAUGCUCGGCUUGGUGAAGACGGAACGUGAAGGCAAUCCAGUCGACAAAGUUUCUUUGAAGAAGGCGGGCGAAAUGCUCGUAGCUUUGGGACUCGACUCGAGGUCAGUCUACGAAAAAGACUUCGAGAAGCCCUUCCUGGUCGAGUCAGCACAGUUCUACGCUUUACGGGGACAACAUUACAUCAAAACGAAGGACUCUCUUGAGUACGUCACCCAAGUGGAACAGCAUAUCAAUGAAGAGUCAGAGCGGGCGAUGCAGUGUCUCGACGAGUCCACCGUGGUUCCAGUCUUGCAGGCGAUAAAGAUCUUACCUGGAAGCAUAUGA